CACGGAUCGGCUGAUAUGGAAUCAGAUCAAAAAAAUGACGACAAAACAUUAAAUAAAUUAUCAAGUAUUAAUGAUUCACAGAGUGAUGGCGCUUUGCUUAUGAAAGUGUCUGAUGGAAGUACACAUAUUGUAGGAACACUUGAACAAUUGCUAUCCAAGCUGGUUGAUGAAAAUGAACGAGACAGCGAAUUUAUUGAUUGUUUUAUCCUAAGUCACGUGUUCUUGAUCAGCUCAAGUGAUUUCCUGGAAGAUAUGAUUACCAAGUUCAAAGAUAAUGCAUUAGACGAAAAUAGGCUAAAAUCCACUCAACAAAAGGUAUUGAAUAUUCUUUAUCGAUGGGUAAUACUCCAACCAGAGAAUUUUCAAAUUGAUUCCCAAUUACGCUACCAAUUGCAAAGUUUCUUGACAGAAGAAGUUAGGAAUGCAGGAUUUCAGGAGGAAGUCGAUCGGAUACUUUCGAAUUUCGAU